AUGACGAGCACCGCAAAGAGCGACGCAAAGAGCGAGUGUUGCCGGCCGUUGCUGGCCUCGACUUCCGCAGUGGAAGAGACGGGCGAUCGGUAUGACACCGGUGAGAAGUCUGCAGGCGACUCUCUGCACCCUAUCCGUUCCAACAACAAGACCGCAUCGUGUGGCGGCGGGUCAUACCAGCUGGUGAAAUGGAAGUACUACGUCAUGAUGGCCAAGGUCGGCGACCGACUCAGCGCACUCGGGAAAAAGAAAAUGAACCAAGCCGUAGACAGACAACUAAACCACCAAGCAUCUCUUUGA